GACUGCCACAUCACCCAAAAUAAUCAACCAAUCACAAUAUUUCGUCUGGACACGUCACAUGAACUGCUUUGUUGUUUCUGUUACGUUUGGGCCUUUGGUGGGUAUUUUUUAUGGGUUUGGGGCUUCGCUCUAUUGUCUUUUGUCGACAAAUUCAACAAAAAAAAACACGGAGGUCUCGAUGAAACCUAGAGCAGACGGAGCUCUCAAGGAUCUACGCCUCCGCCUCUUCGUCUCCUCCGAUUCAGACCGUAGAGACAGAGCUCUGAUCGAUCAACUUCUACACAAACGAAACUCUUUUUUUUAUUUCAUCAUUCAAUUUUGUCUUUUAUGUUUUCGUUUCAUCUCCUCAUGUUCAUCCUUCUUUAUAUACCUAUUCUAUUUACUCUGUACAAAAGACUGACGCCCUUUCAUUAUCAUUUCGUUACGGGUUCCGUUUUUUUCUUUAGCUAUUUGUAUUGGUUGAAGUGGGUUCUUGCUGGCUUAUUCUCUAGAAUGUUUGUUCUCAAGCAGUUUGGUGGAGUAAAGCUCAGAUUUAUAGAUCAUAUUUUGUGAAGUGUGCUAUAUUGUUUUCUUCUACCGGAUCUAGGAAAAGCACGAGUUUUGAUGAUCAUGAACCCCCACCGUGACCAAGCUGUUUUUGUACUACUUGUUGAUGCUGGGCGUGCGCUAACUGGAAGGCAUGCAUCAGAAUUAGUUAGCAGCUACUUUGAGGCUAAUGCUGACAUAGGAGUUGACCAAGAGGUGCCUGUCCCGGAAGCUCUAAUCAACACCAUCGGACAAAGACACAAGUUUUAUGUGAAGUUGACAGAGCACAACUUAUCAGGCAAGACCCAAGCUCUAACUGUGACCAAGAUCCUCCCUCUAGACACUCCAACCGAAACAGAGACCUCGGCAGGAAACAGCAUUGCUGCAACGCCCAAUGAACCGUUCCAGACUGGAAAUGAUGUGUGUGAAGCUUCCAAAAGCCGUGUAGGUUCUGCAGAUGUGGGGAGUAAGAGGUCGUGUGACAACGCCAAGGUGGAGGAAGCUAAACGCCUAAAGUCUGGAAACUAGAAUUUACAUUCUAGCCUGAAAGGUUGCAAGUUCCAUUGCACUCAGAGUCUUUGUUUUCAGUUUAGAUUUUUUCAUGCUUUCCUUUUACCUUUGAAUUUUCAAGAGUUUUUUUUCAUGUCUCAUUUGCAUGAUUAUUAGGGUGUUGCGCUAUUUGGUUAUGAAUUAUAUUAUCUUAGCUCA